AUCGAAGGAUUCGAUCUCUCUCUCCGUCUCUUUCCUUUCUUUUUCUAUCUUAAUCCGGGCAUCUCCUACGCAAUCUGAAGCGGUCAUCGCCGGCGAUCCACCCCACCGUCGCCCCGCCGGAAUCCCCUCGUCGCGCGCCCCGCACGGCAGUCUCCGCCGCCCCUAGGUCUUCGGUCGUAGUCUCCGCUCCGCGCUUCUCCUUUGACUCUCUCUCUCUCUCUAUCUCUGUCCAGGUUUUUCCAAUUCCUCCUCGUGUGUUAGAAUUCGCCGUCGCCUUUUUGACCUAAAUCCGACUCGGAUUUAGGCGUUCCGGCGACUCGGUCUCGGGCGCUUGCGUUUCCCGCGAAUCGCAUUCGCCGCGCGCGUGUCUCGCUCCCCCGCGAUUCGUCGAUCGGUGAGGUGGCGCGUUGCUCUGUUCGGCCGCAUUCCGGCUCGGAUCUCGGUUAGGUUAUGGUCGGAGCCCGAGGAUUGAGUCGGCCGUGACGAGCUACAAGGUCGGAGGAUUCUGUUGCUGGAGUUCUGCGAUGGAGGCGCGUGCGAAGAACGAGAAGGGGCGGCGAUCGGACGGGUGUAAUCCGGUCAGGAAGCCGGGGCCGGUGACGAUGGAUCACGUGCUGCUGGCGUCGGGCGAGACGAAGGAGAAGAGGGAGCUGAGGAUCAGGGGCAUGUUCGACUCCUUCGAUACGGCAAAGGUCGGUUAUUUAGAUUAUGCGCAGAUUGAGACCGGCCUCUCCGCCCUGCACAUACCUCCGGAAUACAAGUACGCGAAGGAUUUGUUGAACGUGUGCGACGCCAACAAAGACGGGCGCGUGGAUUACCAGGAAUUCAAGCGGUACAUGGACGACAAGGAGCUCGAGCUCUACCGCAUUUUUCAAGCCAUUGAUGUCGAGCACAAUGGUUGCAUUUUGCCUGAGGAGCUAUAUGAUGCUCUCCUUAGGGCAGGCAUUGAAAUUGAUGAUGAGGAGCUUGCCCAUUUUGUUGAGCGUGUGGAUAAGGACAGUAAUGGAGUCAUAACGUUUGAAGAAUGGAGAGAGUUUCUUCUGCUUUACCCUCAUGAGGCAACUAUGGAGAACAUUUAUCGUUACCUGGAAAGAGUUUGCCUUGUUGAUAUUGGAGAACAAGCUGUGGUACCAGAGGGCAUUAGUAAACAUGUCCAUACAAGCAGAUAUCUUAUCGCAGGAGCUGUGGCGGGAGCAGCAUCUCGUACUGUAACUGCCCCACUUGACCGGUUGAAAGUUAUUUUACAAGUGCAAACCACCCGUACUAGUUUGAUGCCCACAAUAAAGUCUAUAUGGAAGGAUGGUGGUCUUAGGGGAUUUUUUCGGGGCAAUGGAUUAAACGUUGUGAAAGUGGCUCCUGAGAGUGCUUUAAGGUUCUAUACUUAUGAAAUGCUGAAACGUGUUAUUGUGACUGCACAAGGAGGAGAAGAAAAGGCUGAAAUCGGGCCUAUGGGGCGGCUUCUUGCUGGUGGUGUGGCAGGAGCUGUAGCACAGACAACUGUUUAUCCCAUGGAUCUUGUGAAAACUAGAUUGCAAACUCACGUUUCUGACGGAGGGAAGAUUCCUAGUUUAGGACAAAUGACUAGGGAUAUAUGGGUUCAGGAGGGCCCUCGGGCAUUUUAUAGGGGGGUUGUUCCAUCUCUGAUUGGGAUAAUUCCUUAUGCUGGCAUUGACCUUGCUGCAUAUGAAACCUUUAAAGAUUUGUCCAAGAAGUACAUUCUUCAAGAUGGUGAGCCUGGCCCUCUAGUGCAGCUGGUCUGUGGGAUGACCUCUGGAGCUCUUGGAGCUAGUUGUGUCUACCCUUUGCAAGUUGUAAGGACAAGAAUGCAAGCCCAGCGGCCCGAUACAGAUGCUGCAUAUAAAGGCAUGUCAGAUGUAUUUAGGAGAACAUUUAAACACGAGGGACUUAGGGGAUUCUACAAAGGGAUCUUCCCUAAUUUGCUGAAAGUUGUUCCAUCAGCAAGCAUUACUUAUAUGGUUUACGAGACUAUGAAAAAAAGACUACAGUUGGAAUAGCAAGUUAUGCAAACUUUUCCAGUUGCUACUGUGGGAUUGACAAGGCUGACAAAUGGCGGGGUGGUUUCAUGAGGAAGACUUUGUUUACGUUAAUAAGGUUACUCAUUUUUGGUAGAUCCUAUUGUUAUUUGUCUAAUUUAUAAUUCAGUGCUAGUUUAAAAUAUAUUGGAGGGGCAAAAUUGGCUUGCCCAACAUCUGGUAGCUCAAGCCCUCUUUUUUGGAGUGAUUACCAAUUAGCCCAUGUUGUAUGAUACAGGAGCAUACGGCAUAAGAUUCAUAGAAACGUGAUUUUGUCAUUCUUUCUGGCGGCAAUUUAAUCAGAAUCUCGACUUAUGGAGUAAUUGUGUUUUCUGUAUAUUUUACUCAUUACGAAUUCCAGUAUUC